AGGUUGAAUUUUAAAUUUAUUUAAAAUCAUUGAUAUUUUUUUAUAAUGAGUGGAAUUAUGCUGAAAAGAUCGUUUAGUGUAUACAAUGCGUUAAGAGCCAAACAAAUACCAAAUAAUUUGAAAGGAAAAAGUAAAAGUUCACAGGAAUGGUUGACGAGACAAAUGGCAGAUCCAUAUGUGGAGAAAUCCAAAAUGAUGAACUAUCGUUGUCGCAGUGCUUUUAAACUAUUAGAAAUAGAUGAUAAAUAUCACAUAAUAAAACCGGGAGACACAGUGAUCGAUUGCGGAGCUGCACCAGGAAGCUGGACACAAAUCGCAGUGGAACGAUCAAAUGCCAAUGGAAAUAUGGAAAAUAAACCCAAAGGGGCCGUAUUCAGUAUGGAUUUGUUACAUUUCCAUGCAGUACCGGGCGCUACUAUAUUUGGAGGAAUGGAUUUCACGAAACCCGAAAAUCAAUUGCGUUUAAAAGAAGCAUUGAAUGGGCGACAAGUUAAUUGUGUUUUAUCAGAUAUGGCUCCGAAUGCCACUGGCGUAAGAAUGUUAGAUCAAGAAGUUAUUAUUAAUCUCUGUUACGAUGUUUUACGUUUUGCCUUGGCCAUGUCAGCUCCUCAAGCGAAUUUCGUUGUUAAAGUUUGGGACAAUGGUGAUGUCCCAAAGUUGGAGAAGAAUAUAUUAAGAUUCUAUGAAAAGGUUAAACGGGUAAAACCACGGGCCAGCAGAGGAGAUUCGUCUGAACAUUUCUUUGUUGCGAGAGGAUUUAAAGGUCUAGAAAAUGUUAUUAAUGAAGAGAAGAGAUAAAUUUGCUUUAUUUUUUUUAUUUGUAUAACUACAAAAAUUAGUUGAGUUCAAAAACAAAUUAUUCUAAUUAAAAUUUCAUAUGUAUUUAUUUCGAAUUCAAUUCUCAAAAAUAUAACAUUAAAUUACAUAUUUUUGGUUUUGCUUUUAAUUAUGUGUUACUUAACGAUUUAUACCACCUUUUUGUAAUGAGUUAAAUGGUGUAUUAAAUUAAACAUCCAUUUUGGUUGAUCGGUUGGAGCCAUGUGUCCAGCAUUACGUACCAUAAUCUCAAUUAAAUUUCCAGCAUGUUUAGCAUAACCAGCUAUCUCAUCGUCAACUUUCCAAAUUUGACGUGGUGCAACCUUGUAUAUCGCAGCUGCAUUAAAUUUUAAUUGUUUCAGAUAAUUACGAGUUAAGGGGUAAGCGACAAUUAUGUCCAAUUGGCCAUUAUAAAUGCAAACAAUAUAACUCUCCAACAGUUCAGCAAUCCAAGGUGCUACAGUAUCCAUAACGUCACGUUUCAAAAAUAUUUCAACUUUAUUUUCACUAUCCAAAUCGUGAAACGUAAGAUUUCCCACGUGAAUUGAACGACGAGUCAAAGAGGAUUGGAGAAAAUCACCCAUAAUUUUACCAUAGUCGUCUCCCUUAGUGUGCAAAUAAUUGUAAUAGUAAUUAUAACCAGUUAGAUUAGAAAACAAUGAACCAUUCACCAGGUCACCAUUUAAUAGGUUAUCGAAAAUGUCAAAGGCACAAUCCAUAUCGUGUUUUUCAAUACAUUUUACUCCUUUGGCUUCCGCAUCGUGAAAUUGUUUUAAACCGUGAUCAUCAAUCAAACCCAACUGAUAUAAAUAGUCUCCAUAUUUUAACUGAUGUAUAGGAUCUGACAGACCAUUUCCAAUGGCCACACCCUUUAGAGGUAUUAUUACUCUGGUGUCAACAGAAUUUUGAACUUUGUGAAUGUGGUAAGCCAAGGCGGGAACAUAUUUGCCGGCAUAAGAUUCGCCGGUAAUCCAAAAUCCAGACACGUCACUCCACUCGAACAAUUCAUAGAGCUGUUGCAUGGCCUCAUGUAAGUUGUGCCCAACGUCCUUUUCAUUUCGUGCAUAGCCAUCGUCGCUAUCGGUAAAAGAAAAUCCUGUACCUACUGGAUUGUCAAUGAAAAUAAGAUUAUGAGUUUUACUCCAGGUAUAAUUUCUUUUUUGUAAUUUUCCAUGUGUGUCGAAUUCAAAAGGACCGUUCUCGGUAAAAAGUCCAAACAAAGAGGAUGCACCAGGACCACCUUGAAGCCACAAAACAACAGGAGAAUAGCCAGGAUCUUGCUCAGCCGGAAAGUACCAAAAGAACAGGUUGGAAUUAAACUUUGGAUCGACCGUCAAAUACCCAGCAUAACUUUCUACGCCGUGAUACUGGGUACCCACUACUUUAGCUUUUUCUCGUAUAUCUUGUCGUUUUACUUUUGGGUCAUUGAUUAGGGACGUAAGAAACAGUGGCUCGCCUGGAUCACCACCAUCGUGAAAAGCUUCAAAUCUUGGAUAUGGAUUAAUAAAACUUUUACGAUAUUUAGGGCGUUCUUUGGCCUCACAUAUGCUUACAAUUAAUGCAAUUACCAAUGCA